CCACCUGAGGAUUUUUUUUUGCAGAAUCUUUCUUCCCAUCUGCUUCUCCAAUUCCUUUUCCAAUCGUCCCAAAUUGAUUCCACAGCCGCAAAAUAGGGUAUCCUUUUGGAGCGUCUCACUCGACUGUAUCCAGAAGAAGACAGAAAUGGCAGUCUGUUCUUCUUUCUCAUCUAUGGUCAAAGCUCCCAGUAGGAUUUGCUGUCCCAUGAGAAGCCGCCCAUCAUCUCCAACUGCAAUCACAGUACUGAAUCUACUCCCACAAAAGUCCAAUCUCAAAUUCUCCACUUCAAUUUCGAAUCCCAGCACACGAUCUCUCUUCUUUACCAGAACCCCUAAAUCCCUGCCCCAAACCCGAUUUCCCUCCUCGACCAUCCGAUCGCUCUUCACUGGAAUCGUCGAAGAAAUGGGGCAAGUCAAGCACCUGGGCAACACCGCCGACGGCGGAUUCGACCUCAAGAUCCGAGCCAGCACCGUCCUCGAGGGCGUCCAUCUUGGCGACAGCAUCGCCGUCAACGACACCUGCCUCACGGUGACCGAGUUCACCGACGAAGACUUCACCGUGGGCUUAUCCCCUGAGACUCUUCGGAAGACGUCCCUGAUAGAGCUCGAGGCCGGUUCGGCGGUGAACUUGGAGCGGGCGGUUCAGCCCACGAGCCGGAUGGGCGGGCAUUUCGUGCAGGGACACGUGGACGGGACGGGGGAGAUAGUUGGCAAGGAUCCAGAAGGGGAUUCGCUGUGGGUGAAGGUGAAGGUGGACAGAGGGCUGCUGAAGUAUGUUGUUCCGAAAGGGUUUAUCGCGGUGGACGGGACGAGUCUGACGGUGGUUGAUGUGUUUGAUGAGGAGAGCUGCUUCAAUUUCAUGCUCGUGGCUUAUACGCAGCAGAAGGUUGUGAUCCCUUUCAAGAAUGUUGGGCAGAAGGUGAACUUGGAGGUGGACAUUCUGGGCAAGUACGUUGAGCGGCUGCUCAGCAGUGGAUUUGUGGAAUCCAUCAAACCUGCAGCAUGACAAGUUAGUAAGUAGAAUGGUAGAAUUAUUCCAGUUGUUUGGAACAAGUCAUUAUGCAUUGAAAUGGUGGAAGCUUUUUCUUGGGAUUGAGUGAAGUGGGUUCGGUGGCGAUUUCAUGUCAUUAGGUCUGUUAUGAACACCCCUAGUAGGUUUGUAGUGAAAUUAUUUGGAACCACGUCUCUUGAAGUGAAAUUCAAAGCAUCUGAUGCUUUCCAAGCCGUAUUCAGAUGGACAUUCCUGCAACUUGUUUUCAGUUCAUUGAAAAGUUCAUGAGAACUCGAGGUACUCAGAUCGAGCUGGAGAUGGUGAAGUUGUGAUCAAGCUGAAAUCGAAUCCCGAAAAUUCUAACGGCUGUCAAUUUCAGUAAGGAGGCGACACACUGUGAGCAUGCUUCCAAAGGUUUCAGUUUUUUUUUUUUUUUUUUUUGCCUGAACAUUUUAUUUGUUUGUUAUUGCUGCUAUGUAUGCUUAAUCUCCGAAUUUCCUCUGAACGAGCAAGUCAGGAGAAAUCAGCAUACUAGAUGCUCCAUUGGUGUCUUGAUUGAUGAACUCAACCGAUAUUGUGGACAAUAGCAAAGAAACAAUUAUCUGGUCUCAGAAACAUCAAGCAUGCUUGUGAUGCAUGAAAUUAACUUGCGUUAUAAGUUUAUUUAGCCAAGGAGAUUAUGUUGGGGUUGAUGCAUAGGAGAAGAUUGACCUGCCUAAACAAGCGAGGUGUAGUACCAUACCAUUUGAAGGGUUAGCGAGAUGAGAUCAACCUUUUUCACUAUUCCAUUUUGUGAUUGUGAAUGAAGGGCAUAGGAGACUGUCAUGGCAUUUCAGGAAAAGGCUAGGGUCAUAACCUUUCUUGUGAUACUGAACGAGAAUUUCUUGCGAUCCUUUUGCCUGAUCCAGACUCAGUCUCUGUCUGCUUUCUCUAGAUCUAGCAGUAGUUGUCAAACAAUUAAACGUAUUCCAUCUUUAUUGAUAGGAGGACCGUUGUAAAUCAUAAAUGUUUCACCAAUAAUUUGGAACCACGACUCUUGGAGUGAAGUCCAAAGGAUCUGAUGCAUCAUGCAUGCAUGGUCGAAUACCAAAAACUACAAGGCGUAUUCAGAUGGACAGUCCAAAUUCCUUCUACCAUGCUCUCUUGGGAAUGCCAGAAGGCUGCAUUCCAUUUAUAUGAAUUGUAUAGAAUCAAAGUGUGUUUAAUGCCCUAUAAGUCUUUUCCACUCCCCUAAGAUCUUGCAUCAGCCGCCAGCCUUUUUCCCACUUCUUCUCCCUCUGUUCAGUAUAUAGAUGGGGCCUUUGAUCAUUUUCUGUCCUGUAAUUGAAAAUCAGCACAGAAGGGUCCGUGGCACCGUUGCAACUUACUAGUAAGUGAAAUCAAGAAGGUAAACAAGCACUAACCACUCCUUCCUCUAUAUGCAUCCGUAUAACUGAUUAUUGAUGAAUGCUCCUGUUUCAAUGAACUUUAUGCAGAGCAUAGCAAUAGGAUGAAUGGGGUUGGCGAGUCGAGCAAUGGCAGAAUUUGUCAGCUUCCUCAAAGUGUUAUACAUCACAUUCUGAUGCUGCUGCCAAUAAAAGAUGCAGCAAGAACAGCCAUCAUGUCAACAAACUGGCGGGGCCAUUGGAGAAGUGUUCCUCAACUUGUAUUUUGUAAUGGUUUCGCACAAAUCAGUGGUCCUGGCAUGCUGAACAAGUUAAUUCUAAGCAUUUACCAAUCUUUGCUGGUUCACGAUGGGCCGGUGACCAAGUUUGUGCUUGCAAUUCCUGGAUUAACCCCCUGUGAUGGGAUUGAUCACAUCAUUGUUCAUCUUUCUGGAAGAGGUAUCCAAGAAUUAACCCUUGAGUUUUCCGUAGGUUUUGUCAGUUACAAGCUGCCUUCCUCCUUGUUUACUGCUCCUCUACUGAAUCGUCUGGAACUGCAAAAUUGUUUGUUGAUGGCGCCGACCUGGUUUGUUGGAUUUAGUAAGCUUACAUAUCUUUUCUUACUAGAAGUAGGCCUGCCAUCUGAUUUCUUUGAGAGUUUUCUUCCCAAGUGCCCAAUGAUAAAGACUUAGAAAAUAUUGUUUUGCGACGGCCCUGUAAUUUUUGAACUGGAUGCUCCACGACUCGAAGUGUUCGUCUUUGAAGGGAAUUUAGAGAAACUGUGCUUCAAACAUAUGCCACUUCUGUCCGAACUAAAACUUAUGGUGUAUUUGUUUGGAUGCCCUGAAAUGGUAGAUUUAUUUGCUUCUACCCCGGUACUUCAGCGUUUGUGUGUAUCAUCUGAAGUCCUGAAGUAAGUUACUCAUGACAUUUUGCUGUUAUUUCCAAAAUAACCAUCUGGGUUUCUCUACUUUGAAUGAAGCAGCUGAUCAAUAUAUGAUUCGUUCUUGUAUGGUCUUCUCUCAGGUAAUUGCUAAAGGUGGUGAUGUCCCUAUCAUGCUCCCCCUUCAGGAGUUGAUAUUUAUCAAUUUAACUUCUUUUAUCUAUAGUGAUUUGGAGAUGAAGCGUGUUCUUAUUUACCUAAUCAAUACUUCCCCCAACUUGCGUGAGCUCUCAAUUAAGGUUCCUUUCUGUUCUCUCAAUGUGCGAAAGUCUGGUUGCGGACUUGGUGAUUUAUUGAACAUGAAAGUAUUGUGUCUGGUGUCCGGCCUGAUAUCGUUCUUUGUCAAAUGCUCUUGCAGCGCUGCUCUUCCGGACAAUGUAGCAGGCAGAGCUUGUUGGAAACUGUCGCUUGGCCCCAAACCGGUUGCUGUUUGCAGCGUCUUAAAUUGUUUGAAAUUGAUGAUACCCUUGGUAAAGGAGUUGAUCUUGAGCUAGUGAGGUUCGUCCUAGCCACGGCCCCACUACUGUUGAGGAUUCGAAUAAAGCCUUUUCAACAGCUGUGCCCCAAAUUGGUCAUCAAAUUCAUGAAGGAAGUAAUGCAGUACAAGCGUAUUUCCAGAGAAGCACAAGUCUUUUAUGACUGGAAUGACGAGCAGGAUUGACACCGCCAUUUGCCAUUUUGCUUCGUUGUCUUGGAAAUGAAUGCUUUCGCGGAUA